AGCUGUUCCCACACAAAGUGGGUGUCCGGACACAGCCCGUCCCAAUACACGGACCGGCUGUGAAUGGGCGUGCAAGGCUUCCUGCCCAAAAACCACGGGAGUGUUCUCCAGGGCACAGCAGCUCUCGCCCCGCGGCACCAUUUGCAAACUCUUCAAAGCAAUGAGCUAGAGCCAGCCGUGCCCAUUCCGUCCAGCCGUGCGAGCAGCACUGUAGCGCUGGCGGUUGGAGGAGGACUCAGUUUGAGCGCAUUCACUUUCACGCUCGGGCGGAAGUCUCGGCGACCUACUCGAUCUAUCCGCAGGUCAACGGGAACCACUUUGGCUCCAGAGACAGUUCAUGAGGCUCCGUCACCGGAAUCACAGGAAUUGGAUGUGCAAUCCUGCAUUUCUUGUCUCGAACGCAGACAAAGACCGGUUCUGGACGUUCAGUUUCUGUAUGCGACUCCCAUUUUGCGACCUGGCAGCUCAACGGAACGGCUUCCGGCUUUGAGCUGGCAGGAAGAAGCAGCCGCGAUUAGAGAGUCUUUGGGCCUAGAAGACAGAGGUACUUCCGAAGGCAGUUCCACUUCGUAUGCCUUCAGCAGCGGAAACAGCAGGGCUCGAAUGCAGGUAUUUGUUGCAACAGUCAACAUCCUAUCACGGCUCGCAUCUAGCUGCGGUUCUUCAGGCCCCUCUUGGUGGCACAUCGCCGCCCACGGGGACCCCGGCACGGGCCGCCUCAUCCUCGAGGAUGAAGAUGGUGCACCUCAGGUAGUAUCAAUGGCAGCAAAAGCCUUUACUUGCCAAAAGCCGCCUUUGGGCGUUUCAGUGCUGGCGUGCGCUGGUGAGCAGGCUGGUCGGGCGCUCCUUGCUGCUGGUGCCUCCUUUGCCAUAGUCGCUACGGGCCAGCUGCGUGACUCCACUGCCCGGGUCUUUGCUUCUCACUUCUACCGGCGCCUUCACUGUGCUUGCAUGAUAUCUGAGAGCGAAGCGCCCAGUCACGGACCAGGGCUGGCUGUGCGAGUACGUUCGGCUUUCCAAGUAGCCAAAGAGGCGUUGAAGACGUCGGGCAGUGCCGCAGUGCGAGCAGACGCCAAUCAGCUGCUCCUGCUGGAAGGCCCCGGCUUAGCACCUGCAAUACCGUCGAGCUUAUCCAACAGGAGCUGCUCUUCAGCUGCUUCAGUGUGGAUGCCGGUCGCAACGUCUCCAGAGACUGUAGCCCAAGGCUCAGUCAAGAACUUGGCUCCGGAGGAGAUGGAGGAGGGACUGAGCUUCUCUGACUGUGCAGACACCGACACGGACUUUGACUCUCUGAAUACCGAGGAUUGCGUGAGCCUCACGGACGAGAUGGCCUCAACCAUUAGCACUUGUUCUCGGAAGACGCUCCCAGAGGAUUGUGAGGACUUUGUGGGCCGGGGACAAGACCUGCAAAGGUUUCUUCAACUGCUCGGGGCGCCUGGAGGCCGAAGAGUGGUCGUCCUGCAUGGUGCAUGUGGAAUCGGCAAGAGCGCACUGAGUGCUGAGCUCUGCCGCUUUGCCACAGCUCCUGGACGAAGGUUUGCUCCCGCUUGUUCGAUGCUUCAUUUCGGCGAGCAACUGGAAUCACUGGGCUUGGCAAUUGGGGGUCAACGAGAACAGGUCAGAGGCCGGCGACGGCUGGCGUACGUGUCCCUGCAACAUUGUGUCGGCGACUCCGUGCAAGGUGCGGCUACACCUUGUGCUCAUUUGAUGAUUUUUGCAGCGGCUGCUGGGCUGGCUAUGCCCGCAGACGGAGUUGGGCGAACAUGCUUGCUGAUUGAUCGCGCGGAGACAGAAUAUGGGUGGGAAGACCGAUUUGUGCCCGAGCUACUGGACAAGCAUCCGCAGCUGUGCGUGCUGAUCACGAGGCGAUCUCCAUUGUACCGGCUGGAGGGCGAAGGAGGAGACAGAUGGAAGCCGGUGAACGUGGCUUUGGGACCGCUGUCAGACAUGGAGGCAG